AUGAGCAAACUUCUUACUGUAUUCGGAGCCACGGGCAUGCAAGGUGGAUCACUUAUACAUCAUAUCCUCAACAGACCUGAGCUCUCCAAACUCUUCCAAUUACGUGGCAUCACUCGUGAUGCGUCAAAGCAAGCUGCUGUGUCUCUCCGCGAAAGAGGUGUUGAGAUUGUCCAGGCCGACCUCAGUGACCCGGUUUCACUCGAGCCAGCCGUGGCAGGAUCCUAUGCUGUAUUUGCUGUCACAAACUACUGGGACAACGGCUCUUGCUCUGCUGCUAUCGAAAUUGCCCAGGGUAAAGCCGUCGCUGAUGCUGCUGUCCAGGCAGGCGUCGCCCUUUUGAUCUGGUCUUCACUCCCGAAUAUCACUGAGAUAACCAAUGGUGCGGUGACAACUAUACAUCAUUUCGAUAGCAAGGCAGAGGUCGAGACCUACAUCCGGGGUUUGCCGAUCACUGCCGCUUUCUUCAUGGCUGGUUGGUAUAUGCAGAAUCAUAAAUUUUUGAUGCCUCCUAAGAAGAAUGACGAUGGGACAGUAGUCUUCUCGCAAACUUGGUCGCCCACUACCGUCGUUCCAAUGAUUGACAUCACCGACACCGGCAAGUUCGUGACUCCAAUCCUUCUGAACCCAGACAAGUAUAAUGGCAAAAGCUUCACUUGCGCUACAGCCUUUUAUACUCCAAUUCAACUUGUCGAUGGUUGGACGACGGUGACUGGGAGGACGGUGACAUAUGAGCAGAUCGGCUCUGACAAAAAGCAAGGAAACUUGACAGCUGAAAUGCAGAAGCAGCUCAAGGAUAGUACAGAAGGGAUCAAUACCUGGAGCUAUUUCGGGCCAAAUGGGGAGAAAGAUCUAGAGUGGACACUUGCACAACUUGAGGAGAAGCUGACUAGCUGGGAGGAGUUCUUGAGAAACAACGAGCCCUGGUUCCCCGAAGCAUGA